CUUGCAUGUUCCCAUCUCUUUAUCCUCCUUGGCUGGUUCCUCCGCUCUGUUCUCUGGCUCAGGAAUUUGCUCUCCAGGGCUUUUCGUUCUGCUCUUUAGCAGAAUGUGUCACUGUUGCUUUCCAUCAUCAAACUUUUCACUCCCAUGGCCUCUGUGUUCUUCUUCCUGAUGGGUGCCUUCUCCUCUGCCUGGCGCUCCUGGAGGCCGGGCCCCUCUCCCAAGUGCGAAUCUGAUGGAGGCAGGUCCUUCUUGCCGGGACCUCGUGAGAAAUGACAUGUCCCACCUGUCUCGAGGGGUUGUUCUCUGACACUGGAGCGGCUGUAGAGCAGAGAGGGGCAGGGGUGAAGGGCCACGGUGGUGCAACCCACCACUUCCUCCAGCGAGGAGCCGAGAGGAACAGGAAGUGUCGGGACUUUAGGACCCACGCCUCCAGCUGAGGUUUUUAGACGUGAUCCAGGGCAGACUGGUAGUGAAGCCCCCACGCCAGCCGGGAGCACCGCCGAGGCCUCCAGCGCACCGAGGGUGAGUGUGCAGAGCCCCGCCAUGUCCAGGACAUGCUGGGCCUGCGACCCCCUCUGCUCGCCCUGGUGGGGCUGCUCUCCCUCGGGUGCGUCCUCUCUCAGGAGUGCACGAAGUUCAAGGUCAGCAGCUGCCGGGAGUGCAUCGAGUCGGGGCCCGGCUGCACCUGGUGCCAGAAGCUGAACUUCACAGGGCCAGGGGAUCCUGACUCCAUUCGCUGUGACACCCGGCCACAGCUGCUCAUGAGGGGCUGUCCCGCAGACGACAUCAUGGACCCCAGGAGCCUCGCCGAAACCCAGGAAGACCACGAUGGGGGCCAGAAGCAGCUGUCCCCACAAAAAGUGACUCUUUACCUGCGACCAGGCCAGGCAGCAGAGUUCACCGUGACCUUCCGGCGGGCCAAGGGCUACCCCAUCGACCUGUACUACCUGAUGGACCUCUCCUACUCCAUGCUCGACGACCUCAGGAACGUCAAGAAGCUGGGUGGCGACCUGCUCCAGGCCCUCAAUGAGAUCACCGAGUCCGGCCGCAUUGGCUUCGGGUCCUUCGUGGACAAGACCGUGCUGCCGUUCGUGAACACACACCCCGAUAAGCUGCGAAACCCAUGUCCUAACAAGGAGAAAGAGUGCCAGGCCCCGUUUGCCUUCAGGCACGUGCUGAAGUUGACCGACAACUCCAACCAGUUUCAGAGAGAGGUCGGGAAGCAGCUGAUUUCAGGAAACCUGGAUGCACCUGAGGGUGGGCUGGACGCCAUGAUGCAGGUCGCCGCCUGCCCGGAGGAAAUCGGCUGGCGCAAUGUCACACGGCUGCUGGUGUUCGCCACUGACGACGGCUUCCACUUCGCGGGCGACGGGAAGCUGGGUGCCAUCCUGACCCCCAAUGACGGCCGCUGUCACCUGGAGGACAACAUGUACAAGAGGAGCAACGAGUUCGACUACCCAUCGGUGGGCCAGCUGGCGCACAAGCUGGCUGAGAACAACAUCCAGCCCAUCUUCGCGGUGACCAGGAAGAUGGUGAAGACCUACGAGAAACUCACUGAGAUCAUCCCGAAGUCAGCGGUGGGGGAGCUGUCUGACGACUCCAGCAAUGUGGUCCAGCUCAUUAAGAACGCUUACAAUAAACUCUCCUCCAGGGUCUUCCUGGAUCACAACGCCCUCCCCGACACCCUGAAAGUCACCUAUGACUCCUUCUGCAGCAAUGGAGUGACCCUCAGGGACCAGUCCAGAGGUGACUGCGACGGUGUGCAGAUCAAUGUCCCGGUCACCUUCCGGGUGAAGGUCACGGCCACAGAGUGUAUCCAGGAGCAGUCGUUUGUCAUCCGGGCACUGGGCUUCACGGACACAGUGACCGUACGGGUCCUUCCCCAGUGUGAGUGCCGGUGCCGGGACCAGAGCAGAGACCGCAGUUUCUGCCAUGGCAAGGGCUUCUUGGAGUGUGGCAUCUGCAGGUGUGACACUGGCUACAUUGGGAAAACCUGUGAGUGCCAGACGCAGGGCCGGAGCAGCCAGGAGCUGGAAGGAAGCUGCCGGAAGGACAACAACUCCGUCAUCUGCUCAGGGCUGGGGGACUGCGUCUGCGGGCAGUGUCUGUGCCACACCAGCGACGUCCCCGGCAAGGAGAUCUACGGGCAGUACUGCGAGUGUGACACCGUCAACUGUGAGCGCUACAACGGCCAGGUCUGCGGCGGCCCGGGGAGGGGGCGUUGCCGCUGCGGGAAGUGCCACUGCCUCCAGGGCUUCGAAGGCUCAGCGUGCCAGUGCGAGAGGUCCAUCGAGGGCUGCCUGAACCCGCGGCGUGUCGAGUGCAGCGGCCGUGGCCGGUGCCGCUGCAACGUGUGUGAGUGCGAAGGGAAUUACCAUCCGCCUCUGUGCCAGGAGUGCCCCAGCUGCCCCUCGCCCUGCGGCAAGAACAUCUCCUGUGCUGAGUGCCUGAAGUUCGACAAAGGCCCUUUCGCGAAGAACUGCAGCGCAGCGUGUCGGCACCUGCAGCUGUCGAACAACCCCGUGAAGGGCAGGACCUGCAAGGAGAGGGACUCAGAGGGCUGCUGGGUGACGUACAUGCUGGAGCAGCAGGACGGGUGGGGUCGCUACAUCAUCUAUGUGGAUGAGAGCCGAGAGUGCGUGGCGGGCCCCAACAUCGCCGCCAUCGUCGGGGGCACUGUGGCAGGCAUCGUACUGAUCGGCGUCCUCCUGCUGGUCAUCUGGAAGGCCCUGACCCACCUGAGCGACCUCCGGGAGUACAGGCGUUUUGAGAAGGAGAAGCUCAAGUCCCAGUGGAACAACGAUAAUCCCCUUUUCAAGAGUGCCACCACAACGGUCAUGAACCCUAAGUUUGCUGAGAGUUAGGAGCACUUGGUGAAGACAAGGCCGUCGGGCCCACAACGUCUGCCCCGUCACGUGGCUGAGACAUGGCUUGCAACAGCUCUUGAGGAUGUCACCAAUUAACCAGAAAUCCAGUUAUUUUCUGCCCUCAAAAUAACAGCCAUGGCCAGCCAGGCGCUUCUAGGGGCUCAUCAGGGGGUACAGCCCUGCUCUGACCUGCACAGUCCUUGCAUGGAGACAUGAGAAGGGAGGGCUUGAGGCUGCUGAGGUGAGGGGCGUGUCUCCUGUGCAAGUCAGGACAGCCGUCUGGUUAAAGGUGGUGCCAAUUUAUUUACAUUUAAACUUGUCAGGAUAUAAAAUGACAUCCCAUUCAUUAAAUUGUUAAUCAAUCACGUGUAUAGAAAAAAAAUAAAACUUCAACACAGGCUGUCCAUGGAAA